ACUGAUUUAAGCUUGCCAACGGCAGGUUUAUCUUCUGUUUGCCUGGUGGAAAUGCUAGCUAUUAAUUUACCUUACUUCCCUAGCAGCUUUCAAAUGCUGUAGCAAACAUUAGAAAAGGAUGUUUGCUAUAGAUUCUCCACAUUGCUUUAAAACCAUGAGUGAAACAUCUCCGCUGUCUCUUUUGUGCCCAGCAAGAUUCUUUCUGAUCUAUGGAAUUAUAAGCUCCCUAAAUUUGCAUUGCUCCAGUGGAGAAAUUGAGCUUUCCUUUCAUCUAAAUGGAGUUGAUGUCAAUGUGACCAAAGAGAGAUGGCGCCGAUCUCCAAACAAUCCACCAGAGCAAAUUGACUGUACCCUUUCUAGUUGGUCCUCAUGGAGUAUGUGUGAUCCAUGCCAGAAAAAAAGGUACAGAUUUGCCCGUGUAGAACAACCUUCCCAGUUUGGUGGUGACCGAUGUGAUUACACUGACAAAGAAACUGAAGAGUGUGUUGCAAAUAGACCUUGCAGAAACACUGUUAGAUGUGAAGGCUUUGUAUGUGAAACAGGAAGAUGUAUUAAUCGGAGGCUACUUUGCAAUGGAGAUGAUGACUGUGGGGAUCAGUCAGAUGAAAAAAAUUGCAAGAAAGUGUAUAGGAGAUGCAGCCAGCCCAUAGAACAAUACUGGGGAAUACAGAUGCUAGCAAGCGGAUUAAAUAUUUUCACAAAUCAUCUGGAAGGCUUAGUUCUUGACCACAAAUACUAUGCUGGUGCUUGUUCACCACAGAACAUUGCAGGCAUCAAUUUCAGGAAACCAUCCAAUGUAGAAAGCUAUUUGGCUGAGACCAAAGGCACGUAUGAUUUUACUUCAACUGAAUAUGAAACUUACUCAAGUUUUGAACAGAAUGUCGAUAGCACCAAGUCAAAACAAACAAGCUUCAGUGUUGGAUUAAGAAUACCGGGUGUAUUUCACUUUGGUUAUAGCCAGGAUGAUACAAGAUUCAAGAGAUUUGUUCAGAGAACAAAACAGUUUUCUUCAACGUCUAGCAAAUUUAUCCAUGCACGUUCAGACCUGGAAAUUGCCCAGUAUAAACUGAAAAAACAGAAUCUGAUGCUUCACUAUGAGUUCUUCCAGCGAGUUCUUCAAUUGCCUUUAGAGUACAGUUAUGGGGAAUAUCGAGAACUCUUCAGAGACUAUGGAACACAUUACAUCACCGAAGCUACCCUUGGGGGCAUUUAUGAAUUCACUUUGGUCAUAAACUCUGAUGCACUUCAGAAAGCAGGGUAUAGUUUAAGUGAUGUCCGAUCUUGUACACAAGCUGGUCUUAAUCUUGGUGCAAACAUUGACGGAGUUUACAUAUCCCUUGGAAUAUCUGGUGGAGCUUGUAAAGCUCUUUUAAAGGAAAUUGGAGAUAACACUUUGGAAAAUAAAUUUGUGGAAGACUUUAUUGCUCUUGUUCGUGGUGGUGCAAGUGAAUAUAUAGCAACUCUUGCUUCCAAAGAACUGCCAACUCCAGAACUGAUGCAAAAGUGGGGAGAUGCAGUUCAAUACAACCCUGAAAUCAUCCAGAUGAAGGUAGAGCCACUUUAUGAACUAAUGACUACAACUACCUUUGCAAAUGCAAAUACACUGAAACAAAAUAUGAGACGUGCAUUGGAGGAGUUUCAACAAGAGUCAAGUAGCUGUCACUGUACUCCUUGCCAGGGCAAUGGGCGUCCUUUUCUAAAAGGGACACAUUGUGAGUGUAUUUGCCCAUUAGGACAUCGCGGUCUUGCCUGUGAAGAGACACUGAGAACUGGAACUGCUAUUGAUGGAAACUGGAGCUGUUGGUCCAGCUGGUCUCCAGGUUCUGGAGGAAAACAGACAAGAACUCGGGAAUGUAACAAUCCGCCUGCUCAAAAUGGUGGCAAGCAAUGCCCUGGGCUAAAUAUUGAAAGCAUUUAGUCAAAUGUUUAAAAGAAAAAUCAACUGGAUUGUUUUUAGAAUAUCAUAGAAGUCACAAAACAGGGAUAGAUAGCUGUGGAUUGGGGACUUUCAAUUUCUACUUCUGAAACCCUUUGGGGGCAGCUUAGACACACAGAUUAAAACCAAAAAUACCUGAAAUAAUAUGAAAUAAUGUGAGGGAGACUGUAACCUAUUAAAUAUACGAAAUAAUGGGAGGGAGACUGUAACCUAUUAAACAUGUGAAUUGCCAUAUUUUAGAUUUAUCCUAUUUUACAUCCAGAAAAAAAAAGUUCGCAUUUUGCAUUCCAUCCCUGGAGAAAAGUGAAAUAUAAAAUCUAUCUAUCAUUAAAGAGCUACUUGGGAAUUUUAGAGAGGGGUAAGGGUUUAAAAACAACUUAGUGGUCACAUCAUGAGUCAGGCUUUUCAGCUCUGUCAUUGAGCUAUUAUUCCAAUAGAAUAUCCCUCAUAUGUGACAACACUCUCACCAGAACUGCAUUAACCAGAUAUGAUUGAACCUGUAAUCCAAUGCAUCUGCAUAGUAGUAAGUUAGGAAAAGGUGCCAUAUUAACUAAUUCUAAAAAAAAAAAAGUCCCCAUGUUAUUUAGAUAAUCAGCAGAUGCUGUAGACACCUAUGACAAAAUCUUGAAACUCUCGGGGACCUCCAAUACUGUCCAGAUAAUGCAUCUCGGAGCCAACCCAAGGCUGCAGUAGCCACCAAAUGCACACCAUCAAUGUGAGCUACAUCAUAGAUUCAAUGGGAAGUAGAUCCUUU